GACUGUUGCGGGUUUCCUUCCCCUUGAGUUAGUUUGCACUUCCUCAUAGAGGUUGUGCAUUUCGGACACAUAAGGGCACCUGCUGCAUUUUAGCCGAAGUCGAGUACCCAGGCCACGCCUGUCCUCGGAGUCCAUGUCCCAGGUCAGUCUGCCAUCACAGCCAGGAUUGGUCCGCCCAUGUUCUUUAAAGGCUGUAUUGAACAUCUCGCUCGUCUUUCCGAGAUGGACCAGUCUGUGGGAGUCUGUAUCACAGCUGCUGAAACCAGUUUUGUACCUGAUCACUUCCUAGCCAGGGGUCUUGGCCGCAGCAACCGGUGGCACCCAGGCCGCAGCAUCAUUUCCUGCUCCUCACUCACAGAGGGUGGAUGUCUGACCAGUUCCAGGGUUUCCCGGUCUACUCUUGUGAAUGGUGCAGGAAAAACACCAGAAUUGCCUAGGUACAGGGGGCCGCCAUUUUGGACACCCAACAUUGAGCGGAGGAGAAAAGCUGACAGGAGUCCUGAUUGGUCAUUAACCGAAAAUCUUUGUGGUGGAAUUUGACAGUGAAAUAUAAGUGACAAAAAUGAGAUGUGACUUAUUAGAAUAUGUAAAAGGAUAUAGGACUUAUAAAGGAAGACUUGAGAUGAGGGGUGAUAUUUUACUGGACACUUUCAUUCAGUGCGGAUCUACACCAGUUGGAAACGGGCCAAAAUUCAAAGGAAAAACGCCGCGGCAGUGUAUAUUUUUCGUGGUGGAAUUUUGAAGAAGAGGUGUUGGACUUUGCUUUAAAGUGACUGAUUUUUUUAAAAUUGAUUAAAUAAAUAAGUGACAGUGAUUGGAAUUUGUAUGGAAGUCUAUGGGAAAACAUUUAGUGGUGUUUGUCCAUAAAC